AUGUCUACCAUUUUUCUCUCCAAGUUCCUGCUCCUUCUCAUCCUACUUCUGAACCCUCAUGCCAGCAACACACGAGGGUGUUCUACAUUCGUUUGUGUGGCUGGUGCAAGACCCUUGGAACAUAAUGGUCCUAGAUACAUUAACUUGAAGGCUGAGAAAGGCAAUGAAAAACGAGGUUUCAAAGCAGAGAGUGUGGAAGCUUGUUUGCCAAAAGGGUUUCGACGAUCUUCUGCUCCAAGCAGAUACAUCAAUUAUCAGCCUCUUGGAUCCACAUGUUCUUCAGGAAAGGUGGUGAAUGGUCCUCGAGCCUGA